AUGUGUGCCAUAUUUGCCGUACCACACGGCAUCUUCGCCGUGGGGAGGGAUUUCAGCGAAGCUUUGGACCAGGUCAUCAAGGCUAAAGUCACCAGGCCAAACAAGAGCUACGUGAACCCGGCUCCAUUCUCAUAUCCAGGUUUAGGAGCCCCUGCAGCGGAUGGACCUUCGACCACAUCGGCAACGACGAUGACAACUGAGACAGCAUCAGUAACGGUAAUGGCGACAUCAACAACUGUCGGGACAGCGUCGCCCCAUCUCUCCUCUCCUGGAGGUGCUCCAGCGGUGUGGAAUACCAACCGCCAAGGCCGCACCCUCCCAGAUACCACCGGUGGAGAAGAUUUCAGGAUUCCCAAGCCUCCAGGUCCUUGGAUUCCCAAGCCGCUAGGUCCUUGGAUUCCUAAGCCGCUAGGUCCUUGGAUUCCCAAGCCUCCAGGUCCCCGGACUCCCAAGCCGCCAGGUCCUCGGAUUCCCAAGCCGCCAGGUCCCCGGACUCCCAAGCCCCUAGGUCCUCGGAUUCCCAAGCCGCUAGGUCCUCGGAUUCCCAAGCCACCAGGUCCUCGGAUUCACAAGCCACCAGGUCCUCGGAUUCACAAGCCGCUAGGUCCUCAGAUUCACAAGCCACCAGGUCCUCGGAUUCACAAACCGCCAGCGGGCAGUCUACCCCGUAUCGACCAACAAAGCAGACGGACAGAUGAAUGCGGUGAAUAUUCGUGUGACAAUGUGUGCUUUCGCCAUUGUCCACGACCUCCAAUAAAGGGAACAGAAACCCUGCCACCCCUUUACAACGGGGAUCAAAGAGAUAGACACCCCCCUACAGUAUUAGGGCCAGAGGACAUUUCUCUUGUAGAAGAUUUCAGGAUUCCCAAGCCUCCAGGUCCUUGGAUUCCCAAGCCGCUAGGUCCUUGGAUUCCUAAGCCGCUAGGUCCUUGGAUUCCCAAGCCUCCAGGUCCCCGGACUCCCAAGCCGCCAGGUCCUCGGAUUCCCAAGCCGCCAGGUCCCCGGACUCCCAAGCCCCUAGGUCCUCGGAUUCCCAAGCCGCUAGGUCCUCGGAUUCCCAAGCCACCAGGUCCUCGGAUUCACAAGCCACCAGGUCCUCGGAUUCACAAGCCGCUAGGUCCUCAGAUUCACAAGCCACCAGGUCCUCGGAUUCACAAACCGCCAGCGGGCAGUCUACCCCGUAUCGACCAACAAAGCAGACGGACAGAUGAAUGCGGUGAAUAUUCGUGUGACAAUGUGUGCUUUCGCCAUUGUCCACGACCUCCAAUAAAGGGAACAGAAACCCUGCCACCCCUUUACAACGGGGAUCAAAGAGAUAGACACCCCCCUACAGUAUUAGGGCCAGAGGACAUUUCUCUUGUAGAAGAUUUCAGGAUUCCCAAGCCUCCAGGUCCUUGGAUUCCCAAGCCGCUAGGUCCUUGGAUUCCUAAGCCGCUAGGUCCUUGGAUUCCCAAGCCUCCAGGUCCCCGGACUCCCAAGCCGCCAGGUCCUCGGAUUCCCAAGCCGCCAGGUCCCCGGACUCCCAAGCCCCUAGGUCCUCGGAUUCCCAAGCCGCUAGGUCCUCGGAUUCCCAAGCCACCAGGUCCUCGGAUUCCCAAGCCACCAGGUCCUCGGAUUCACAAGCCACCAGGUCCUCGGAUUCACAAGCCGCUAGGUCCUCAGAUUCACAAGCCACCAGGUCCUCGGAUUCACAAACCGCCAGGUCCCCGGACUCCCCAACCCAGAUAG